AUGAUGGAAGCAAUGUCGAUACAGCAUCAUCAUCAACAACAACAUCAAGAACUUCAAGAACAACACCAAAACCCUGUUCGAAGGAUGGAUGAACCAUUCCCAUUGAAGUUACACCGACUUUUGAACGAUGUGGAACACACUCCGCAAGCAGGCAUUUUGGCGUGGGAUCCAGAAGGAAGGUCCUUCACAAUCUUCCAACCAAAGGAGUUUGCUGAAUCCAUCAUGGGACAGUACUUUCGUCAAACGAAGUACAAGUCUUUUCAACGCCAAAUGAAUCUAUAUGGUUUUUCCCGUGAGGUUCGUGGAAAGAUUCGAGGAGUUUACUCCCAUCCCCUCUUUAUUCGAAAUGAUCGAGACUUGUGCCUUCAAAUCAAACGAAGUAACCGCGUUCCGGCCAGGUCCUUUGGAUCCCCGUCGCACAGUUCCAUGAUUUUGAAUGGAAACAACAGCAACGACAAUACCAAUAUCAAUACUAAUACUGCGCCAGUAGAAGCGGCUGCUACUAUUGAUGUGAGCAGUCCCUUGUUUGCUCCCCUGAAACUUCUGCCAGAACAAGCUUCCAUGAAUCGUGGUGUUGGUGGUAUGAAUAAUACUGCAAAUGUCAUUAGUCUUGGCAUGGCACAAGGAGUACCAAGACAACACAGCAGUACUACUACUACUACUACUACUACCAAGACCAUGCAACACUACAACCAUUUCAUUCCCAGCUUUACCUUGCCAGUUGGUGGCCUGUCUAAUGUUUACUCUUCUGCAUCAUCAUCAGCUGCCAAGCAAAUCAGUCUGGAUGAUGGAGAAGAGAGCAUGGGGACCAUUGAUGAGCUUCCCAGCAAUUCUGAUUCCUUGGGCUUUUUCUUCGGAGAGGAGGAAGAGUUCAUUGCCAACACCGCUCCCAACACCGCAUCGGAUGAUUUUGCCCCGGUGGCGGUCUAA